CUAAAAUCUGCAAAGGGGGCGGCGUUCGAUUCUUUUAGCCACGUUAGUCACAUCAGAUGCCAUCCUGAGACUCGGCGCGAUGUUCUUCAGCAAAUAUUGGCCUGGAGCACGACAACAGACGGCCAACACAUCUACUGGUUGAACGGCGGAGCUGGUACCGGCAAAUCUACAAUAUCUCGAACGGUUGCACAGUUAUUUGCAGAUAAAAAGAUGCUCGGUGCCAGCUUCUUCUUCAAACGCGGUGAAGGAGACCGUGGUAGCAUGGCGCUUUUCUUCUCCACGAUAGCCUCUCAGCUUGUCCAAAAGCUACCUUCAAUCGCACCACACAUCCGCGCAGCAAUUGAGGCCAACCCUGAUAUCAAUGACAAAUCUGUGAAAGUUCAGUUCGAUACGCUUAUUGCCGAACCUUUUGGAAAGAUGUCAGCGUAUACCAAGAUACCAACAGUGGUUAUAGUGGUCGAUGCACUCGAUGAGUGUGACAAUGUUGAACAUGUGAAGUUGGUUAUUCACCUCCUCUCACUGGCAAAGUAUUUUACGUCUGUCCGCCCUAAAUUCUUCGUUACCAGCAGACCCGAGCUUGCUAUUCGACUAGGCUUUGAAAAUAUUUCCGGUAACUAUGAAGACUUAGUUCUUCAUCAAAUACCUCCAGCUAUUAUUGAACAAGAUAUCAAUUCUUUCUUGCAAGACGAGUUCGCUCUGAUUCGACAGGACUACAAUAAGUCUGUAUCAUCAUAUAGGCAACUACCACUAUCUUGGCCCGGUACGGAGAAAGUCGAGAAAUUAGUGUCCAUGUCUGUGCCUUUAUUUAUAUUCGCUGCAACUGCUUGCCGCUUCAUCCAAGACCGUAGGGUUGGUGGACCGAAAGCACAGCUCGCGAAAAUCCUGGAGCACCAGUCAAGCCAAAAUACUAGUUUAGAUGCAACUUAUCUGCCAAUAGUAGACGGAUUGGUGGCAGGACUUGCUGAUUCAGACAAAAGCAAGGUUUUUGAACGAUUUAGGGAAAUUGUUGGUUCUAUCGUCAAUCUGGCCAGUCCUCUUAGCACGCCAUCUCUGGCUCGUCUUUUAUCUAUAUCCUCUGAUGUUAUCGAAGAUCAAUUAGAUCUACUACACUCUGUUCUUUAUAUCCCCCCGGAUCGAAAUAUUCCUGUACGACUGCUUCACCUGUCUUUUCGCGACUUUCUCGUUGAGCCGGAGAAAGGCAAAGACCCAAAAAGAUACCAGUUUUGGGUCCAUGAGCAAAAAGCCCAUCAACUUUUGGCAAUCAAGUGUCUACAACUUUUGUUGACCGACGGUACUCUUAAAAGAAAUAUAUGUAACCUACAACUACCGAGCACUCCACGGUCCGAAAUUGACCAACAGGCCAUUGACGCCGCUCUACCCCCCGAAGUUCAAUAUGCUUGUCGUUAUUGGGUUUACCACUGGAAAGAAGGUACGAAAAAGAUCAAGGAUGGCGAGCUUGUCGACCUUUUUUUGAGCGACCAUUUGUUACAUUGGCUUGAAGCACUGGCCUUACUAGGUCGAAUCUCGGAAUGUAUUAGAAUGCGGGAACAUAGCGGUCUUGUUUCAGCGCUCCUUCGCGAUGCGCGACGAGUCAUUUUAGGCCAUCGGUUCAUCAUAGACAUUUCACCGCUUCAAAUUUAUUAUUCAGCUAUUGUGUUCGCACCGCAGAAAAGCAUCGUAAAAAAGCGGUUCAGCAACGAAAUCCCUGCCUGGCUUUCUCAAUUAUCGGGAAUUUCUUCAGAAUGGGACGCAUGCCUACAGAUACAUGAAGUACAUGUCACCCCUGCAGCAAUCGCCUUCUCAAAAGAUUCGAAGAUUCUCGUAUUGGCAUUAUCCAACGGUACUAUAAAGCUCUGGGAUACCGUCACCGGCACCCAUAUUUCAACACUUGAGGGACAUGACUCUAAAAUUCGGUCCAUUGCAAUCUCGCAUGAUUCUACACUACUAAUAUCUAUUUCACGGGAUGUAAUCAAAAUUUGGGAUACAACGACUAACUCUUGCAUCAAAGUAAUUGAAGAUAAAACCAUUCAAACUAAGGCAUUAGUCGUGCUUUCGCAUGACUCCAAACUAUUGGGAUCAGCUUCGAAAGACAAACCAGGCUACGUCAUUAAACUCUGGGAUACUGCAACAUAUACUUGCGUAAUGGAGCUUAAGGGGCAUGAAUCUAAUAUCACCUCUAUGGCGUUCUCGCAAGAUUCGAAAGUGCUUGCUUCAGUGUCCUCUCAGUCACGGAUGGAUAUCAAGCUCUGGAAUGUUGCAACUGGAACUUGCAUCGCAACCUUGGAGGGACACAGCGAUGAUAUUACAUCACUUGCUUUUUCGUGUGAUUCAAGAAUGCUCGCAUCAACUUCAAUUGAUUCCGAUAUCAGGCUCUGGGAUAUCACGAAAAAAUCAAGCAUAGCGGUAUUUCAGGGUAAUUCUCUCUGGGUGGUUGACUUUGCAUUCUCGCAUGACUCCAAGCUUCUUGCGUCGAUAGAUAGCGAUACCAUGAAAAUCUGGGAUCUCGAAAUUGAUGUUGGCCAUAUCCAAUAUCCUGGUCUUACUGACCUCACCGGAUUUGUGGACAAUGGAAAGAUCCUUAUUUCAACGUCAAACAAUCGAACAUUUAAGUUGUGGGAUGUUUCAACUGGUACUUUUACAGCAGCACUUGAGGGAUACUCUAGCCGACACGGCUCGAUCGCAGUAUCAUAUAACUCCAAGAUGUUCGCGGCAGCUUCAGUUGAUAGCAGGAUCCAACUAUGGGAUAUCAAGACGAGCACCAGAAUAGCUAACCUAAAAGGGUUCACUAAAGGGAUUCCAUCUGAAAUCAGUGCUAUCGCCUUUUCACACAACUCUCAACUGCUUGCUUCAGCGACGUCGGCGAAUGGAAACAUCAAACUAUGGGAUAUCAGAACAGAGACCUGCAUUAAGAUACUUGAAGGCCACUCUGCGUAUGUAAAUCAGUUGGCGUUCUCGCCGAGUUCAAAUAUACUUGCCUCAUCCGGAGGCAAGAAUAUUAGGAUCUGGAACGCUGAAAUAGGCACUUGUAUAGCAACGGUUGAAGGACAUUUUUUUGGCAGAUUUCAUUCUAGCGCAUUUUCGCAUGACUCUACGAUAUUUGCUACUUCUGUGCCUUCUAAUAACGUGCAGCUCCAUCGCCGCGGGAUUGGGCUAAGCGAGGAUUCAUCAUGGGUUAUGUGGAAUGAUGACAGAAUUAUAUGGCUUCCUCCAGCGUAUCGACCGGGAGAAGCAAGUGUGAAGGGCUCAACAUUGGCCAUUCAAUGUGGACGGAUAGUUUUCCUGACAGUUUUACCCAAUCUCAUGAACCUUAUAUAA